AACCAUCAAAACCAAUUCAGCUUGUUAUAUUUUUGACUCACGAACUAAAGACAUACCAAUAUUUACUGAGGAUGAAAGAAAUCAUACUAUUUCAGAAGCAUGUAUUAAAUUUAAAUUAAUUUCUAACUUUUGUAAAUUAGACAUUUCAUCAGAUACAGAAAGUCAAAUGGAUUUGAAAUUUUAUUGGGCAAUUAUUACACGUGAUCAAAAUUUGAUUGGUUAA